GGGGCCGGGCCGCCCCCUUCCAGCGAGGGCGGGCGGGAGGCCGGCGCCUUUAAACGCGGCGGGGCCGGCUACCCGCCACCGUCUGCCCAGAGGGAGCGGGCGCCUCCCCAGUGCCCCGCGUUCUCCGUGCCCCGGGCAUGUCUCUGCGGUCCCGUCGCCCGCCCGCCUGAGCCGCCGGCGCGUGUGGCCGCGCUCCCGCCCGCGUUCCCUCCGUCGGCGCCCGGAGCAGCGGCCUCGGUGCGCCCCUGGCCGGUCCCCCGCGCUGCCGCCCGCCGCGGGCCCGUCCGCCAUGCAGGCGCGGGCGCUGGUCCUGGCCGCUCUGGUCGCGCUGGCGCUGGCCCGGGAGCCCCUGGCCACGUCGUGCCCCGCGCGCUGCGACGUGUCGCGGUGCCCGAGUCCCCGCUGUCCCGGCGGCUACGUGCCCGACCUCUGCAACUGCUGCCUGGUGUGCGCCGCCGUCGAGGGCGAGCCGUGCGGCCGCGCCGUAGACUCGCCGUGCGGGGAGAGCCUGGAGUGUGUGCGCGGCGUGUGUCGGUGUCGCUGGGCGCACGCCGUGUGCGGCACCGACGGGCACACCUACGCCAACGUGUGCGCGCUGCAGGCGGCCAGCCGCCGCGCGCUGCAGCUCUCCGGGACGCCCGUGCGCCAGCUGCAGAAAGGCGCCUGCCCAUCGGGUCUCCACCAGCUGACCAGCGCGCGGUACAAAUUCAACUUCAUCGCUGACGUGGUGGAGAAGAUCGCGCCGGCCGUGGUCCACAUAGAACUCUUCCUGAGACACCCUCUGUUCGGCCGCAACGUGCCCCUGUCCAGCGGCUCAGGCUUCAUCAUGUCAGAGGCUGGUUUGAUCGUCACCAACGCCCACGUGGUAUCCAGCACCAACACCGUCUCGGGCCGGCAGCAGCUCAAGGUGCAGCUGCAGAACGGUGACACCUACGAGGCCACCAUCAAAGACAUCGACAAGAAGUCGGACAUCGCCACCAUCAAGAUCCACCCCAAGAAAAAGCUCCCGGCGCUGUUGCUGGGCCACUCGGCAGACCUGCGGCCCGGCGAGUUUGUAGUGGCCAUUGGUAGCCCCUUCGCCCUGCAGAACACUGUGACCACGGGCAUCGUCAGCACGGCCCAGCGGGACGGCCGGGAGCUGGGCCUCCGGGACUCAGACAUGGACUACAUCCAGACGGAUGCCAUCAUCAACUACGGGAACUCCGGGGGACCGCUGGUGAACCUGGACGGCGAGGUCAUUGGCAUCAACACGCUCAAGGUUGCGGCCGGCAUCUCCUUCGCCAUCCCCUCAGACCGCAUCACGCGCUUCCUCACGGAGUUCCAGGACAAGCACGGCAAAGGGACUGUCCCCAUCCUUUGUUGUACGGGGACUGUCCCCAUCAGCACUGACCUCACCCCAGGCCACAGGGAACACUCGUCCCCUGUCCCCAGAGCUGUCACCUCCCUGAGGACAUGUGGACUAAUGAAAGAGCCCAAGAAGUUUUAGCUGAUUGACUGAAUUUAUAAUUUUAAAGCCUUCUGAAAUUGACUGAUGUUCACUUUUAGGUAUUUUUUUUAAAUAAAAAUACCAAAUCAUCCAAACCCAGUUAAUCUAAAUUUCUUUAAGACUGACAUCUUUUUAUUACAGUGAGGGGAUGUUAGUUAAGGUGCACUUCUUGUUUCCAUCUAGGGGUUGGGGGGCAGAGGCCUCUGGGGGACUUUCAAGGUAAGAGUGGCCCCAGGAGUGUCUGGGGGUUCAGCCAGCCUUAGGACUAACGUGUACCCACAGCGGGUGAUUGAGUUAGUGGGCUGGGCCAUCCUAGGUGUGUCCGCCCGGAAGGUACGCAGAUAGUACACAAACUUACGCCCAGGACUGAGGGGCAGAAAAACAAUGGUUCAGCUGGACUCCCUGAGUCAUGUGUGACCCUGGACUUGUCCUGUCCUUCCUGGAAGCCUCAGAGAGUUGGAGAGGGAGGAAGGGGAAGAGGGCCAGUUAUGCUUACACAUAAGUCUAACCCUGACCACACUCGCCACUGUCGUUCACCAUGGUCUAGGAAGUCCUAGCCAUAAUAAUUAAAUGAAAAAAAGAAAAAAAAGAAAGAAAUAAGAGGAAUCUCGUGGCGGAGGAAAAAGGAAAACUGUCACUCUGUAGAUGACAUGAUACUCUAUAUAGCAAAUGCUGAAGGCAACACCCCAAAACAAAUAGAUCCCGUCAGAAAACUCAGUUAAGUUGCAGGAUACAAAGUAAUCUACAGAGUCCAUUUUGGGGAGACAAGAGUCGAUGCCGGAGACCAGUGAGGGGCCCACAGCAGCCUUUCUGGUGGCCAGGCUCGGGGGGUGGCAGCUGUGGGGUGAGGGCUGGUUGGGUCCGGGAUCUAUUUUGAACUUGGAGCCAAUAGGACCCGCUGGACGCUGGGGUGAGUGAGGGGCAUUUCCUGGGAUGGGGGCCCUUGGGCAAAUCAGAGAUUAGUCUUGAUGCCGAGAAGCCCAGGUGUGAGCAUCGCUCUCGUGUCUGUUUGUUUGUUGAAGUGAGAGUCAGUUCAUGGGGCCUACGGUUGACCGUGGAAAAUGUACCCUUGGGUGCAUUUCUCCUUCCCCGAGAGCAUCCGCCCCCUUCAGGUCAUCACUUCCCCUCCCCGCCCGCAUUGUUGUUUUGUUACCGUCUUUGAUGUACUUGCCUCACUUUGGGUCAGCGUGGUUCCGUGAUAUGUUUAGAAAGAAACAGGCACCCAGCCUCCCUCCAAGCCUUGUUUCCAGCACGCGACACGCAUCACUUAGGUGAUUUUCCAAUAAGGACGGGAAGACGAAGGGUUGCAGUUAUGAUUCUGUUUCUGGAGAGCCCGCGAGUGGGCGUGGCCCGCUGCUCCGGGGUCGGUGGAGGGUGAGGAAUCUCCUGCCCCAGGAGAUCUAACAGGACAGCCACUGGCCUCAGGUGACCCUGGGCUAUGCUUCUCGAAGCCGCGGGUUUCUUCCUCUUUGGUAAGCGUGACCUUGGGGCUGUGAGCGAAGCUGACCAGUGGCCGGUCCUCAUGCCGGGAGCAGGUUGGAGGGCUGAGGCCUCAGUGCCGGGUCCCACCGCUUUCCUCUGGGGACCUCAUCCAGUCUUGUGGAUUUAAGUGCCACCUAGAGUGACUCCCCCAAAUUUACAUCUCCAGCCUGACCCCCUCCCCAAACCCUAGUCUCAGAUGUACAACUGCUUGUCACCCCCACACACACAAGCUGUGCGUCCCCAUCGCCAUUCCCCUUCUCAGUUACGGCAGCUCCAUCCUUCCAGAUUUUCCACCUGCAUCCAAUCCAUCAGCCAGCCCCGCUGGCCCUAUCUUGGGGAUCAGUCCGUCCCCUACUGCUCUCUUGCCAUCUCCAGCUCCACCCCCCAAGCCAGCCACCAGGGACACUCACCUCCUCUCUGCUCCUCUGUCCAUGCCCUUGCCCCCCACAGACUCUUCCCACUGCCAGAGGAGGUUCUUGCAGAAUUUAAGGCAGACCGUGGCGUGUCUCUGUGCAAACCCUCCUCAGGCUCCACCGCACUGGGAGUAAAACCCAAAACGCAAAGCCCAGCAGAUCGAUGGGGUCAGGGCUCCCAUGUGCUCUGACCUCAACUCCCACAUCUCCCAACAUCUCCCGUGUUCCAGGGUUCCACCAUCUGGAACAUCCAUCCAUCUUCCUUGGUGAAAUGUCUGUUUACAUCAUUUGCCCAUUUUUAAAAUUGGAGUUGUUCGUGUUCUUAAGUUUUGAGAAUUCCUUAUAUAUUCUGGACAGGAUCCCUUUGUCAGAUAAAUGAACUGCAAAUAUUUUCUCCUGCUGGCUUGUCUUUUCAUUCUCUUAAGAGCAGAAGUUUUGUGAAUUUUGACGAAGUCUGAUUUACCAAUUUUUGUAAAUGGGUUGUGAGUCUAGUGUUAUAUGAAAGAAAUCUUUGCUAACCGAAGGUCCAGGAAGGUUUUCUCUUACAUUUUCUUCCAAAAGUUUUACUUUGUGAGGUUUUAGACUUAGGCCUAUUAUGUGCUUGGAAUUAAUUUUUAAAAAUAGUGCCAAAGGGGCUUCCCUGGUGGCGCAGUGGUUGAGAGUCCGCCUGCCGAUGCAGGGGACACGGGUUCGUGCCCCGGUCCGGGAGGAUCCCACAUGCCGCGGAGCGGCUGGGCCCGUGAGCCAUGGCCGCUGAGCCUGCGCGUCCGGAGCCUGUGCUCCGCAACGGGAGAGGCCACAGCAGUGAGAGGCCCGCGUACAGAAAAAAAAAAAAACAAAGAUGGGUUAUUUAGAAAUAUAUAUUUGGUUUCUAAGUUAUUGGGAAUCUUGUAGAUACCUUUCUAUUAGUGAUUUCUAGUUUAAUUCCAUUGUGGCCAGAGAGCAUAUUUUUAUGAUACGACAUUUUAAAAAUGUACUGAAACUUGUUUAUGGUUUAAAAUAUGUAAAUUCUAUUUCUGGGUCUAAGUCAUAGGCUGGGGCAGCUGGGAGCAUAGAGGUACCAUCUUAGCCUAUUAGGCGUACAGUGCUCCAACCAGAGGGCCUGCCGCAUGGUCAGAGCUCACUGGGUAUUAUCGAUUAAUAUAUUAUUUAUGGAGAAGGCUGGCGAAGGUGACUAGUUCAGACCAGAGGAAGGUGACUUUGGGGAACCUGUGGGCUGGAGGCUGGAGAGAAGAGCCCCACUGUCUGCUGGGGUUUGGAUGUGGGGCUUAGCAGGAGAGCCGGUGUCAGAGCUGAGGUGGUUGGAUGGUGCCUGAGAGGGUGAGGGUGGGCACGAAGCCACAAGAUUAGAGCCAGGACGUCUCCCAGCCCCUCAAGAACAGCCAAGUGGAGAGAGGAAACUCUAGGUGAUCACAAGGGGGCUGGGCUGGUCCAAGCAAGGCGGCUCCCGCUGCCUUCUACUACUGGUGUAGCGGGUGGGGGACUUCUGCCCCUGCCCGGCUCCUUGGCGGGGACAGAGACUUCCACGGAGGCUCUAACCAAGUCCCGACGUGCUCGGU